AUGGGCGACUCCAACAUGGCCCAGCUGGGCUCCGUGGCCCUCAAUGGCACGUCGCCCAAGAAGGUGGCCUACUUUUACGAUUCCGAUAUUGGCAACUACGCCUAUGUCACCGGCCAUCCCAUGAAGCCUCACCGCAUCCGCCUGGCGCACAGCUUGAUCAUGCAGUACAACCUCUACCAGAAAAUGGAAAUCUACCGCGCCAAGCCAGCGACCCGUGGAGAAAUGACCCAAUUCCACACAGACGACUACAUCGACUUUCUCCAAAAAGUGACGCCCGACAACAUGGACGGCUAUAUGCGGGAGCAGGGCAAGUACAACGUCGGCGACGACUGUCCCGUCUUUGACGGCCUCUUUGAAUUUUGCGGCAUCAGCGCUGGCGGCAGCAUGGAGGGCGCCGCCCGCCUAAAUCGACAGAAGUGCGACAUUGCCGUCAACUGGGCCGGCGGACUUCAUCACGCCAAGAAAUGUGAAGCAAGUGGUUUCUGCUACGUGAACGACAUCGUUCUGGGCAUCCUCGAGCUUCUUCGAUUCAUGAAGCGUGUCCUCUAUAUCGACAUCGACGUUCAUCACGGUGACGGCGUUGAAGAGGCCUUCUACACCACCGACCGCGUCAUGACGGUCUCGUUUCACAAGUACGGCGAGUACUUUCCUGGGACCGGCGAACUUAGGGACGUUGGCAUCGGCCAGGGCAAGCACUACUCCGUCAACUUUCCCCUCAGGGACGGCAUUACGGACGAUUCCUACAAGUCCAUCUUUGAGCCCGUCAUCGAGAACGUCAUGAAGUACUACCAGCCGGAGGCUGUAGUGCUACAAUGCGGAGGAGACAGUCUGUCUGGCGACCGCCUAGGUUGCUUCAACCUCAGCAUGGAUGGCCAUGCCAACUGCGUCAACUAUGUCAAAAGCUUCGGCCUCCCUACCUUGGUCCUCGGCGGCGGCGGCUACACCAUGAGAAAUGUCGCCCGCACCUGGGCGUUCGAGACCGGUGUCCUCGUCGGCCAGGACAUGGAACGGUCUCUCCCUUACAACGAGUAUUACGAAUAUUAUGCGCCCGACUUUGAGCUCAACGUCCGGUCGUCCAACAUGGAAAACUCAAACAGCAGGGAGUAUCUCGAGAAGAUCACUGCCGCCGUUGUCGACAACCUCCGCCAGACGGGGCCAGCCCCCUCGGUUCAGAUGCAAGACGUGCCGCGGAAACCAUUUGGUGGCAUGACCGACGAGGAAGAGGCCGAACUGGACGAUCUUGACGAAGACGAGAAUAAGGAUACUCGGAUGACUGAACAUCGCUGGGACAAACAUGUACAAAACGACGCCGAGUUCGAGGCCAGCGACGACGAAGACAUGAGCCGCGCAAAUGGAGCAACGCGUCUAAAAGCCAACAAGCGAACCUUUACCGAUUUCCGUAAGGGAGAAACCGAUGUAGAGAGCGAUAACGCGACGCCUCGCGACGGCAAGAGCAACGACAACGGCAAGGAGCAGGCCGACGAAGACACGCAUGAUGUGAACGACGAUACCAUUGAGGAUAUUGGCGCGAUGCAAGAAGCCGACAAAGAGUUUGCCAGGGACGAGGAGCUUCCACAGCCAGAGAAGCAACAGGUUGACGAGGAUGGCGAUGUGGGCAUGACCGACUCUGCCCCUGUCGAGGAAGCCCCCAUCAAGAAGGAAGAAGUCGAGCCCGAGACUGCAUCAGAGCCCAGACCUGCCGAGAAGCCCGUGGCGGAAGAGCCGGCCGGGCAGGAGCCUCCCGAGCCGGCUGCUGAGAAAACGCCGGCGCCUGAGCCGAAGCCUGCCGAAGCCGAGCCUGAGAAACCGGCUGAGGCCCCUGAAGCCAAAGCGGACGAAGCUCCGGUCACUGAGGCUAUGGAGGUUGACGAGAAGGACAAGACCAAGGACGAGAAGGAGCCGAGUCCAGCUCGCUGA